AUUUACUUCCUUAUUGGUUUCUAUGAUCAACACACAUGAAUAUGGAGGUAUCUGGUAAAAGACGUGACCCAUACCUUAACAAGGGUUCCGCUGACGCCACGGUCUACUGUCAGCCAUGUAAAAAAGGCGGCAAACGCGUGGUAGCCCACGGCUUCUGUCAAACCUGCGAGGAGUACAUGUGUGAUCCCUGUAUCGAGGCCCAUAAGAGGUUCAAGGUGUCCGGGAAUCAUAUCAUGUUGUCCAAAUAUAAGAUGCCGUCCUCCUACCCGUCCAUCAAGCAAUCAGACAUCGGUGAAACUGAAUACUGUAAAAAACAUCCGAAGGAGGUGAUCAAGUUUUUCUGCCCGACCCACAGCGACCUUGGCUGCGGUGACUGUGUAGUCAUCGCUCAUCGCACGUGUGAAGUUGACUACAUCACUGAUGUGUCUAAAGAUUUCGUCAUCGGAAAGGAAUUUCGAGAGCUAGAACCAUCGAUUAAACGAGAAUACGAUAUUCUAUCCGGGUACAUAAGUGGGGUCGAGGAACUUUUCGACGAGGUUGUAAACCAGUCAAAGCAUGAGAUCGACAAACUGAGAAAAUUCCGGGCAGAAAUCAACACAUACCUGGACCGCCGCGAGAAGGAACUGCUCGACAACCUCAAGGCAGUGAAGACCAAGGAUGAAAACGACUUGACUGCACUAAAGACUGAUUGUAAAUCGGCGAUGACGGCACUUGAGGCCAUGAGGUCUGAACUGUCUUCAAUUGACAUCUCGGGUAACCAGCGGUACGUAACGGCAAGGCGAGCACAGAAGGAGCUACGGGGGAUUCAUGACGAGAUGAAGAAGAUGGCUGGUAGGAUGAAGGCCCGGAGGUACCGGUUUACUAAGGACGCGGACACGGAGCAGCUGCUGGGAUCGAAAUUGGGCAUUGGAACACUGGACAUGGCGGGAGAGAUGUUUCGUGGGAAAAGUGAGGAUCCAAUGCAUGGAGCAAUGGGCAUAACAAAGGGUGUCAAACGAUCGGAGCAUAAAUUAUUUGGUUCAGAAAUCAACAUCUGGGACAACAAAUGGGAAUGCGAAAUCUGCACGUAUGUCAACCCGCCGACAUCUGCAGAAUGUGAGGUAUGUCGGAUACUAAGGCCAAAGGACUAUAUGGUGCCACCAGACGACAUGAUUAUGAACGCGGAAAUGAAGACACGAGGAAAGCUACUAGCUCUGCUUCUAAAAAACCCGGCUAGCAUAGACAGUUGAGCGGGCCUCCGAACGUGACCUUGACAACCUACUCUAGUUUCAUGAUGCCCUUCAGGAUAAACUUCACUAUGAUCAAAAGAACAACCCAGAAAACAGUCGACCUGCAAAAAAACACAACAACAACAAAUAAAAAGACUGAGAGCUCAGUGAUGAUGAUGCUUGAACUAGACUGAUGUCUCAGUGACAUUUCUGUGAAACAUUCUGAGAUACUCUUAAAAGCUUUCAAGAUGGAGUGACAAUGACUUUGAUCUCAGUGGUGAUGAUGUCAGAGCUAGAUGAAUUUCUCAAUGACAUUUGUAGAAUAUUUGUUUUAAAACAAAAGCAAAAGAACAUAAUGUAAGGACGCUUGUUUUUAUAUUUUUAUUAUUUUUUAUGGUCAGCAUGCUUUUACUGGUGUGUAUACACUUUCAGAUUUUACUGAACACUCCUUUAAAAAAGUGCACAAUACUGUCAUUAGCAAAACCUCGAGCAGACAUCAACUUAAGUAUUUAAUAUUUAUGUUUAGGGGCGGUAUCCAUAAAAUUUCUUAAGUCACUUAGCCAAUUUAAGUUUCUCUUAAAACACAUGAAAUAAAAAAUAAAGAAUCUCCAAAAUACUUUAUUUUCAUGACCUUAUUUAAAAAAAUACUCUUAUGUGAAAAACACUUCUACAUUACUUUAACUUGACUAUGAAAAUUUUAGACAAUUGACUUAAGUAAGGAAUUGCCUUAAGUAGUUUUUUGAAUAACGCUCCUGGUCUCAAACUUAACAAGACAAAAACCAAUGGACUUUGGAUAGGCUUAUUGAAAAAAAAAGGAUAUCGAUAUGAUAUAUGAUAUAAAACUACAUCUAAAUACGUUAAAUCUCUUGGUGUCCAUUUUGGCAACGAUAAAGAUAAAUGAUGGACUGACAAUAUUGAAAAUUGCAAACAGCUUAUUAAUGCAUGGAACAAACGUAAACUUACAUUCUUUGGUAAGAUAACUCUUGCCAAAACCCUAAUUUUCCCAAAACUUGCAUACCUAGCCCAAAAUAGUGUAACAACCGCUUCUAUAAUCAAUAUAAUAAAUUCAAUGAUUUUUUUCUGGAACAGAAAAAGAACAAAAUAAAGCCCACCACAAUUAUUGAAAACAAGCUUGAAGUAGGCUAAGAAAUGCCAAAUUCAGUUGUUUUUUCUAAAACUAUAAAAAUAAAAUUGGUAACUCACCUGAUCAACACAGACAACGCUAGCUGGAAAAUAAUACCAAAUGUACUGUUUGACCAGUUCGGAAAGAAUUUCCUUAUCUUUCACAUGAAAAUAGAUUAACCUAUCUAUAAAAAUACUGUCAAUAUGAAUUCAUUUCACGCAAACGGUUGUUAACCAAACCAAAAUAGCUCACAACUAUUAUACCAUUAAGAAGGAAAUUAUUUGGGUAAUAGAUUCAUAAAAUACAAUAAUAAAAGCCUUUUUUUUGAAAAAAAUGGAUUGACUCUGAUUUAAUAUUCAUAAACGACAUUAUUUCUAAUACUGGCAGCAUGGACACAAAUACAGUUUUAAAUAAUCUCAAAAAUUUAUUCAUAGCAAAUUGGAUUACAGAACUAAAUACGAUUAAAAAGGCUAUUCGCCUAGUCGCCUGGAAGAAUACAUUGAAGUCAUGAAUAUCCAUCAGUACCGAAGUCAACACUACACUAAGACUAAAGUUUCAAAACAAAGCUCUUGUAGAUAUGACAAAUAAAGAUAUUUAUCAGCUUUUUAUCAAGCAAACUUUCGAAAAACCUUAUAUUCAUAAUUACUGGAAUCGACUUGUAGGAGACCAUAUUGAAUGGAAAUCAUUGUAUUACUUAGUCCAUAAAUCCAUCGUCGUCAAACAAAAUUAUAAAAAGAUAAAAUUGUUUCACAACCUUGUGGUAACCAAUUUAAAUUUAUUUUCUUCGGAGCUGACCGAUUAUCCUUUAUGUUUCCGUAGUAAUGAAUAAAAGGACUUUGAACAUUUUUUAUCGAAUGUUCUAUAUUAACCAAUGUUUGGUCAACCAUAAAUGCUUUGCUAAGAAAAUGCGGUAUAAACGCAUUGAUUAACAACAUAAAAUACAUUUUGUAGGAAAUUAGAUAAAAUUCUGGAACUGUUGGUCAAGUCAAGUCAAAUUUUAUUUGUAAAUAAGGCAUCCGGCCCAUAUAAAAAACAUAUACAAUACAAAACAUAAAAUCUAUAGGGUUUUGUUUUCUAAAUGACAACCAUUUUUCCUUAUCUUUUAAUUUCAUUAAUACAUUUACAAAGGAUGCUAUAUGUUUUAUUCGGUGAUCGUUUAGACAUGGCAUUAGAAUUAUGAAUUUUCGAAUUUCUUGCCUACCUGUGUACCAUUUAUUGAUAUAAAAUUGCCUUUCUUGCUUGAAUUUGUUACAUUAAAAAACCCCAUGAAAUUCAUCUUCUACACUUCUAAUAUCAAAACAAAUUAAGCAAUAUCUACACCAUCGAUUUUCCCUUUCGAUACCCAAAUGUCGACCAGUCUCAAUAACCAAUUUAUGGCUAGAAUAUCGAAAUUUCGCUCACGAUUUCCUCACAUAAAUGGUAGAUUAAUACAUUAAUAUUUUUCUGGGUUUAGCAAAGUUUUAAAAUGCUUAUAUGUGUCACAUCGUGUUGAGUCUCUCACAUUUUCGAACCAGUUUUGUCUUUUACAAUCAACUAACCUUUAAAUGAUAAAGGAUAUUAAAAAAUCACAAACAUUUCCAACUUCCUGACUUAGCCUAACAAAACCAAAACCAUAUUGUGUAAUAAAUUCUUUACAGAUGUAACCCAACUUUUCCCUCCAAUGUUAUCAUGUCGUUUGAGCAUUUAAUAACAGUUUCUUGGAUAACGUUCAUUGGAUAUAAUUAUAUAGUAGUUUGCGCCAGUACUUAAUACAUUUUACAUGAUGAUAAUUUCAUAGAAGAAACCUCCCAUAUUCCUCCAACACAAUCGUUGACAUAAUAAUUUAACCCCAAAAAUUGAAUUUGUACUUGUGUAAGAAUAUCAGAUAUCACCGUGCCAUAUAAUACACCCGUAUUUAAAACCCUAUUAAAUAAUGGACGCAGUACUUAAGUUAUGGCUUGUCUUGUACUGUGGUAAAAUACAGCUCCAAAUCCAUCAGAUUUCCCCUUUUUCAAUUUUGAAAUGCUUGCAAUAACCUCCACAUCAGUGAUAUCACAAUAUUUUCGUAUUUAUCAUUAAAUCUAUUAGUAUCAAAAACUAUACUGUUCAGGUUUGGUUGAUCAUCAUUAAACAAUAAUCAUUGAAAAUAGUUCCACCAUGUUGCAGGGUCUACGCGCAAAGGUUCUUUUUUCUAUAACGUUGGGACAUUUUGAAAAAAUUCCCGAAGGAUUUUGAAUUACAAUUAGACAAUACAAGCCUUUUAGUGAAACACGUAAUUUUGAAUUGUCUACGCAAUGAAAUAUAGUUUUGAAAAUCUAACAACCCGCUAGUCCAUCGAAAUCUUCGUAAUGCAGCGUACUUUAAUUGUUUAGCUAAAGCACAGUCUCUGUCCCACUAGGGUUGAUUGCUUGAAAUUGCAGCGCAAUUUGUUGAAUUGACGUUGUUUACGCGCAUUUGCGGUGUAAAUAUAACUAAUGAAUUACGUGAUUGACGUCAUUAUCAGGGAUAUGAAUGCAGUUGGGCUGGUUAAAGCACACUAGUUGGGCUGGUUAAAGCACACUUUAACUAGCCCAACCGCGUUUAUAACCCUAAAAUGACAUCAAUUACGCGAAUCAUUCCUUAGUUUAUGAUGCAACUAGUUGACAGUAUUUAUGGGCAUAAUGUCACUGAUAUGUUUAAUUGCUUGGUUAAUCGUUAUGCCCCGUUUGUAUUAAAAUAAAGCUGACCUUUGAUGGAUGAUAAUUAGAAGUUUUAAAUUUGCUACAUGGGUUUGCUCCUUUUACGUUAAAAUUGGAAUUACAAUUGGUUUGACUAUGAUAAAUGCUCCAACGCAAGCGACAUAUCCAAUUCUGCGGAAUUAUACUAUUUUUUAGGCUUUAUUUAAAUGUAAACACUGCUUUAUACACACGUUUAAAAUGUGGUGUGCAUCUAUUUUAUGCCAGAGCUUAAUAUUAUGUUGCUCUGAAUUGUUGAAUCUUUAUGUGCUUUUAUUUUUUGCUGUUUACUGUUAAGGCGCUUUGAAUAAAUAAAAUAAAAACUGUA